AUGAAGUUUUUACUGAUAUUAUUGUUUUCAUUUGGAUGUUAUGGACAAGAUGGUAUUGUAAGCAGUGAUAAUAAGGAAAGUACUGAGUUAUCAAGGACUUUGGAUGACCGGCCCCUGUUGUUUGCUACACUCGGGGGUGGAAUGGUAGCGGUCGAGCCAGUCUCCGGGAAUGUUAUAUGGAAACUGAAAGAUGAACCCGUGGUGAAAGUGCCUAAUCAACAUGCUAAUUUGAUGCCCCAAUUUCUGCCUGAUCCUCGUCAUGGUUCCUUAUAUAUGUAUGGGCCGAGGGGGGACAAGCAGAUGUUGAAAAAGCUGCCCUUCACCAUACCAGAGCUUGUAGCCAAUGCGCCGUGUCGUUCUACCGAUGGGAUUUUGUACACGGGCAAAAAGAGCGAUACCUGGUUUAUGCUUGAUCCUUUGACUGGAUCCAGAGAGCAUAUUUCUGGUUUCGAGAACACGAAAAUAUUCAAAAGCAAUGAAGACAAUACCUGCCAAUUGGAUAAGAAAAAAGGUGUUUACGUUGCUCGUACGGAGUAUAACAUACUGAUGCAUGAUUCCAAGAAUGAAAAUCACAAGUGGAAUGUCACAUUUUUCGAUUACACCUCGCAUGACAUGGCCAAAGAGAUGCUUAACGAUUAUGGUAUAAUUCAUUUUACAUCCACAUCAAAUGGUCGUAUAAUGUCGUUCGCACGUAAAUCUGGUGAUCUCGUGUGGUCUCACAAUUUCGAGACGCCCGUGGUCGCUGCGUACUUGUUAGACAGAGAUGGACUUAUUUCUGUGCCUUUCAACUCGAUUGGUGAUGACACUCUGGAUCAUAUAAUGGAAGAUGCGACAACGUUGAGAAAUGGACAGGGAAUUAAGAAUUCGAAUAUCGAAUUGUACCCCACUCUAUACAUAGGCGAACACAACCACGGCUUAUACGCCCUUUCAUCACUAGUAGACAAAAACACAGUAACAAUAUCAACGGGACACUCACGACCCUUAUUACUCGAAGGCCCGACGGCAAUACAAUCUACAGAACAUGCGUACGAGCCCUAUAAAAACGUGCACUACCAACUUAACGAUAUAAAUCUACACGUAACCCCGCCGUACUUGUUACUAGGGCACUAUAAAGUGCCGGAGUUGACCACAUCGUGGCUGCCACAGCUUCCAAAUUCAAAUUUGAAACAAGAAUCCAGUGGUAUGAAGCUUAUAAAUGGCCAGGUUCAAAAGGAACAAGACGAAAAUGAGACGAAUUUAAAAUCGAAUUCGAUAUCUGUGUCGGUUCAAACGGAUGAAUUGUUUACCGAGUUUAGUCUGAGACCGGAUUUAUGGUAUAAGCAAGUGUAUAUUUGGGUAAAUCAGCAGGAGAAUAAGGCUUUGAAGGUGGCGUUGAUUGUGCUUAUGGGAUUGGUGGUCACGAUGUUUUGGUAUUUGAGGCUGCAGGCCAGAGAAUUUCAACAGUUAUCCCAAGGAGGAUCACGUAGUUCUAACACGUCUACAUCAUCGCAAGGCGAAGUGACUGGUCAGUUGUUGGAAUUAGGUGAUGGACUCGUACAAAUCGGAAAAAUUUGUUUCUAUACUGAUCAGGUUUUGGGUAAAGGCUGUGAAGGCACAUUUGUUUACAGAGGCACAUUCGACAAACGUGCUGUUGCGGUGAAAAGGCUUCUCCCGGAAUGUUUUACAUUUGCCGAUCGCGAGGUGGCGCUCUUGAGAGAAUCCGAUGCGCACGCGCACGUUGUACGCUAUUAUUGUACGGAACGGGAUAAACAAUUCAGAUACAUAGCUUUGGAGCUGUGCUCAGCCACGUUACAGGACUACGUUGAAAAUAAACUGAGUUUUGAAUGUAAAAUUGACGCUGUUGAAGUACUGAGGCAAGCAGCAUUGGGCCUGUCUCAUUUACAUUCCAUGGAUAUAGUUCACAGAGAUAUUAAACCACACAACGUGUUACUCUCGAUGCCGUCUGGAUCUGGCGAAGUUAGAGCCAUGAUAUCCGAUUUUGGUUUAUCUAAAAAACUAAAUAUUGGUCGCGUGAGUUUCUCAAGACGUUCUGGAGUAACUGGCACGGAUGGCUGGAUCGCCCCGGAAAUGAUCAAUGGCGAGAGAACGACAACUUCAGUGGAUAUGUUUUCACUGGGUUGCGUGUUUUAUUAUGUCUUAUCAAAGGGACAGCAUCCAUUUGGCGAUGUCUUGAGAAGACAGGCGAACAUACUAACUGGAGAUUAUAAUUUAGAUACUUUAGAUAAACUAUUACCUGAAGAAGAAGUAGUGUUAACAAAAAUAUUGAUUCGAGCAAUGAUAUCGGCUAAGGCAGCCGCGAGGCCUCCGUGUGAAACUGUACUUAAGUAUCCCAUAUUUUGGGGCAAGCAGAGUAUACUUAACUUUUUACAGGACGUAAGCGACCACGUAGAAAGCUGCAAUUCAGGCGCAGAUCACCCUUUAGAGUUGUGUACUCGACGAGUGCUGAGAGGCGACUGGCGUGGACAUGUAUGCCCGAUCGUUGCUAAUGACCUUAGAGCGAGACGGACUUAUCGGGGCGAUCGUGUCGCACAUCUACUUAGGGCUAUACGGAAUAAGCACCUUGAAAAAAGAUUCAGAUUGGCUAAAGUCAACGAUGCUAGCUACAGGCGUCCUCCUAAACUAGGAAGGCCAUCUGUGUUCACUGAGGAACAAGAAUUAAUUCUGGCUAAUCAUCUACAUACAAUGUCAAAAAAAAUUUACGGACUGACGAGGGCUCAGUUUUGUAAAGUAUGCUACGCCAUGGCUGAAAGCUUUGGUGUCGCAGAUCGAUUUAAUGAAAUCAAGAAGUCUGCGGGCAGAGACUUUCUAACUGGCUUUUUUCAACGACAUCCUGAUCUAAGUAUUAGAAAGCCAGAAGCGACAAGCAUCAAUAGGAUACUUGGGUUCAAUAAAGCUGAAGUGGCUCAAUUCUUUGAAAAUUUGGAAAAAGUCAUGACAAAAUACCACUUCCCACCAUCUCAAAUUUACAAUAUGGAUGAGACUGGCGUAACUACGGUUCAGGAUACAGAAAAAAUUAUAGCGCCUAGGGGUCAAAAACGUAUAGGAGCAGUCACGUCAUGGGAAAGAGGUAAAAACGUAACCACUAUCUGCGCUAUGAGUGCUUCAGGGUCGUUCAUUCCGCCUCUUUUUAUUUUCCCUCGACAGCGUCACUCACCACAGCUAGAAAAAGACGGUCCACCAGGAGCUGUUUACACAUGCUCUCAUAAUGGUUGGACGAAUGAAAGCAUAUACAUUAAAUGGCUGCGGCACUUCAUUGAUUACUCAAAACCCACCACUGAACAACCUGUUUUACUGAUUAUGGAUAACCACAAUAGCCAUUGUACAUUGGAAGCUUGGGAAGUAGCUAAAGCCAACCAUGUUGUAAUGCUUUCCAUUCCACCUCAUUCAUCACAUCGGUUACAGCCUCUGGAUGUAACUUUUUUUGGGCCGUUCAAGAGAGCCUACAACAAGGAAUGUGACAUGUUUAUGAAAUCCAAAAAUAUGGUAAAAAUUACACCCUAUGAUAUUGCAGGAUUGUUCAACAAAGCUUAUGCCAGAGUAGCAAGCUUAGAAAAAGGGAUCUCUGGUUUCAAAGCCACAGGAAUUUUUCCCAUGAAUCCUGCUGUUUUUUCAGAAGAAGAUUUUGUUGUGGUGGAGGAAGUUCAAGAACAUUUUGAAAAAGAGCAGCCUGAUAUUGAGCAUGCUGUUAGUCCAUCUAUAUUAAGUGAACUACAAGAGAAAGCAUUUCCAGAAAAUAACACACCAAAUUUGUCGCCAAAUAAAAACCCUUCUAAAGGCUCGUUUAUGUUGCAUUAUAAAACAGUCUCGGAGCCAGCUACUGUCAAUCCUUCGACGAGCUCAUCCACAUCAAACGACGUUCAAGAACAGUCACUCGUUACAGAUCUAACUAGAUCGAAUGAUUUUGCUAAAGUUCUAUCAGUUAAACACCACUACCGAGAGCUGGAACCCGACGUUCGGAAAAGCCUUGGCAAAGUACCGGACGGAUUUGUAACUUACUGGUUGCAAAGGUUUCCACUUCUCCUACCUCACGUGUUUCUUCAAAUGCAACAAUAUCGGCACGAAGACAUAAUGCUAGGCUACUUCACACAAAACUUCACGUUCAACAGAGAUGACGUCACAGAACUUAUUGAAAUGACGGAAGAACUCUGCGAUCACGCCCAAAAUGACCUAUUUGUCAAAAGCAAAGUAUACUACGACGAGAACGACCCAGAAAAAAGAUUCAAAAGAGAAUCACCUAAAAGAAUAGUGGACUGGAGAAGUGAUGAUAGACCGAGACAGGACGAUGUGAGAUUAAGAGAUAGGCAUUAUAGAAAGAAAGUGAAGAAACAUGAUAUGCCCGUGUGGAGCUUGCCACCACAAAGUUAG